AUGUCAGAAGAAGAAAAUGUCGAAAAUUUUAAUGAUUUUUGUGAUAGAGAUGAUGUAGCCUCUAAAUUCAUUUUAUCACUCUGUUGGGAUUCUGGAAUUCUUGCAGCUUCUUACUAUAAUUUAUCUUCACUGGAAAUAUCUAUAAUUCAUGAAACAAUAGAUCUUCGUCCCGAUCAUAUUCAACUACGAAAUUUAUUCAGACAAAUUCAACCAUCAUUCCUUGUUGCAUCGGCAUCAAAUCAAUUUCUAAAAGAUCUUAUUGAACUUUUAGAUCUUCCUGAGAACACUGAUAUAAAUAAAUAUAAAGUAUCAGCUUAUAAAUCUGCCAAUGCAAACACAUUCAAUAUUUCGUUUUUCACUUAUAAUCGAAAUAAUCAGCAUAAUGUAUUUCGUAAAAGAAUUUAUGAACUUGAUCUGCCAGGUCUUCCUGCAGAGAGCUCUAAAAGUGAUCGCCACGUCUUCAUUGAUUCAGUGUUCCCUAUGAAUCAAGAGCUUGUCAUCAUUUGUCUUGGAAAUUUAUUGAAGUAUCUCGAUGAAAAUCGGUUGAAAUGGCGCCAUGUUUUCAUGAGUGCCGAAAGAAAUCCAAUAAUUACAAAUGUCAUUGUUUGUAAUAUGAAAACGCAACUUUUACUCGAUGAUACUACAUUCAACUCGCUUAACAUCUUUUCAAAUGUUCAUCAUCCUUCAAGCUUCAAAACUCAAAUACGUCGUGAUGGUUUAUCACUUUUUAAUAUGCUAAAUCAAUGUUGCUCAUCUGUUGGAGUUCAAGAAUUGAGAGGAAUAUUAAAACAACCGACUCGAGAUUUAAGUGAACUAAAUCUUCGUCUAUCGACUAUUGAAUGGUGCUUACAGCCAGAAAAUCAUGAAAAUGUAGUAAAAAUUCGCUCAUAUUUGCACAAUAUUUUAAACAUCAGUGGUAUAAUGUCACGAAUUAUUACAAACCAUGGCAAAACAGGUGAUUGGAGAUCAUUGAAGAAAACGAUUUAUUUCUCAUUUAAUAUCUGUGAACUUUGUGCUUCUUUUAAUCAAGAGAGUAUUAAAGAAACAUGUCUACAAGACCUGGCAAAUUUCACUAAGGAUGAAUAUACAAUCAAAAGUGUUUUAUUUGUUCUCGAGAAGAUAUUAGACUUGGAUAUGAUUGACGAAAAAAGACGAUUUACUGUUAAAGAAGGUCUCGAUUUAGUUUUAGAUGAGAAACGUGAAAGUCUUGAAGAUAUGAAAAUUAACUUUAUGCAAAUGGGCCUCGAUAAAACAUUGACAACAAUUAAUAAUCAAACAGAUGCUUGGAACUUUGUUCACUUUCGGGAGAUGGGAUUUGUAAUAGGAACAAAGUUGCAAAUUGAAGACAUGAAUAUUGAAAUGAUGAUUCAAAAUAAAAUUGAACUAGUUUUAAAAACUGUUGGUGUUACAUAUUUUCGGUCACCGAAUUGUAAGAUUCUCAAUGCAGAGUAUGAGCAGAAACUGACGGAUAUUAUUGAUCAUGAGAUGAGAAUUUUUAAUCGUUUAAUUACGUAUAUUAAUGAACAUUUCGCUGAAAUUAUUGAUAUCACAAAGUUGUGUGCAAAGUUAGACGUUCUCAUCUCAUUCGCAAGUGUCGCAGCAACAUAUAAAUUUACAAAACCGUCAUUCACAACUAGAAAAGAGAUUACAAUUGUUAAUGGAAGACAUCCACUCGUUCAAUUAUUGAAAGAAUAUGUGCCAAGUACAACAAUCGUGAAUGAGAAUGAAAACAAUUUUGUGAAUAUAAUUUGUGCUCCAAAUGCUUCAGGCAAAAGUAUCUACAUGAAACAGAUUGCUUUGAUAUGUUUUAUGAGUCAUAUAGGAUGCUAUGUCCCUGCUGAUGAAUGUAAGGUUUCAAUUCUUCACUCGAUUUUUACAAGAAUUUAUACACCUGAGUCAGUUUAUCAAUGUUCAUCAGCAUUCAUGGAAGACUUACAACAAAUGUCUAAAGUGAUUAUGAACAGCACUGAUCGAAGUCUCAUAAUAAUUGAUGAGUUUGGAAAAGGAACUCAUUACAAAGACGGAAUUGCUUUUCUCGUCGCUUCUAUUGAACAUUUCGCUGAUCGUGGAAUCGCAACGCCAAUCACUUUUGUUACAACGCACUACACACAAAUGUUUAAAAUGAUUAAAUUGAAAGACGUAAUGAGUUUGAAGACAAUCAUAACGAGAAAGAACGAAAGCGGCGUGUUUGAAUCGCUUUAUAAAAUAUCAGAUGGAUUAAGUAAUGAACAACAAUUCUUCACUGAAUUUCCAGAAUCGAACAAAAUCAUGAAGAAUAUUUUUGAGAGAAAAACCGAUGAAGAUUAUGAAACAUUUACUUCCAGUUACAAUGGAGCUAUCAAGGCUUUUGUAUUAAUUCUUGUUAAAAUGUUUAUGAAGAAAGGAUUGCUGUUAGUCUUCUUCAUUGGAGUUGUAUUGGCUGCAACUGAAAAACCAAUUUCAAAAAGACGUAAAAUUAACAGACCAACAAAGGCUAAAGUUCAAAUAAUCAUUCCACCUGUUGAUUGUGGUGACCUAUAUGAAGCCACCAGUGAAAUUGGUGACCAGGGACCUUUAAUACGUAAAGUUCAACACAAUAUGGACUGCAAAAAGUAUUUUGAAUGUGUCACAAACAGAUGGCUUGUUAGGGAUUGUCCCGAUGGUACAACCUUCAAUGGCCAAGAGAAAGGAUGCGACAGCACCAAAUCAUGCCGUCCCAGUAGAAUCGAAGAGCUUUAUGAAGAUGGUGUAUUGGAACUUAAAAAGUUCAUGGGAUAUGAAGAAAACCCUGAAAAUUAAAAUUUCCAUGAGAUAAA